AUGGCUUCUGCUGGGUCUGGAGGGGGUAGUGUGCCCCCCAGUGGUGGCUCGCGCAACCCCCGGGGCCCUGACCAGUCUGGAAAGACGAAAGCGCCUGGAUUUCAGGAUGCAAAGGCUUUGGAGCUUGAGGGGGAGUUUAAGACUAGGCACAUCGGUGUAUUGGGGGUGCUAGCAUGGGUACUGUUCUUACACGCUGCCGGCAUCUACUUCUUCACCAAGGGAUUCCUUCUUACGCGCAUGGUAUUGGAGGACAAAUCCUCCUGCGAGGUACUUCCAUUCGAUGAUGGGGUUGCUGCAAUGCCAACAGGGAAAGGGUGCUGGCAUGAGAAAUCUUUUGACAAGGCCGUUGUCAUUAUCAUUGACGCUCUUCGCUAUGACUUUACUGUGCCGUUUGUCCCAUGGACAGAGAGCGAAGAAGCUACCCUCUUCCAUGACAACAUCCCGGUCCUCUACGAGACUGCUGUCAAUAAUCCCGCCAAUGCCUUCCUGCUCCCUUUCAUCGCCGACCCGCCGACGACAACUCUGCAGCGACUGAAGGGAUUAACUACGGGAACUUUGCCUACUUUCAUCGACGCGGGAUCCAACUUCGCUGGCACUGCCAUCGAUGAAGACAAUCUCGUUGCGCAACUCCACAAAGCCGGAAAGACACUGGUCCAGCUCGGUGACGAUACCUGGCAGGCUCUUUUCCCAGGAUACUUCCACGAGAACCUGACCCAUCCGUUCGACUCCUUCAACGUUUGGGAUCUGCACACCGUCGACAACGGGGUCAACGAGUACCUGUUCCCGCUUCUGCAGCCCGAGAACCGCUCUAAGUGGGAUGUGAUCUUUGGUCAUUACCUCGGCGUGGACCACGCCGGUCACCGGUACGGACCCAACCAUGCCGCCAUGGCCGCCAAGUUGCAGCAGAUGGACAAAGUCAUCCGCGACAUCAUCGCCGCUCUCGACGACGAUACCCUGCUGGUCGUGAUGGGUGACCAUGGAAUGGAUAUCAAGGGCGAUCACGGCGGCGAGUCGGACGAUGAGGUCGAAGCCGCAUUGUGGAUGUAUUCCAAGCGAGGUAUCUUCGGACGUACAAGCAAGGACACUUUGCUUCCGCCCAAGCACGCACGCGAACGUCCCGUUCCCCAGAUCGAUCUUGUCCCGACAUUGUCAUUGCUCCUUGGAAUGCCGAUUCCUUUCAACAACCUGGGAUCUCCUAUCGAGGAAGCCUUUGCCGGUGCCAGUGGAAAUGACUGGUCUAAUUUGGUAGCUGUCAACCGCCUCACCUCAGCGCAGAUCAAGAGGUAUCAGCGUGAGUAUGCGAAGGUGCGGGGUGCGGGUGACGACGAAGAGUCGUUCGCGCUUUGGUCUGCUGCGGACCAGGAGUUCAAGACCGCCUCGAAGAGCUUCAAGUCAAGGUCGACUGCUGUUCGUGCUAGCUAUGAUCUUUACCGCAAAUACCAGCGUCAGACUCUGGAUAUAUGCCGCGGACUUUGGGCGCGCUUCGAUGUUCCCAGCAUGAUUGAGGGCGUUGCUCUCUUACUCUCGGGUAUUUUGCUGUUGGUGUUGUAUGCCCGUGGCAUGAAUGUAGACCGCACUGAGCUUACCCCUCAACUGCUCUCGUUCGCUGGUAUCGGAGCUGGAUCUGGUGCCGCGGCUGGUGCCUCCUUGGCUUUGACUGGAGUCACUGAGAUGACACUUAUCGAUCUGUCUGUCCUACUCGCCGCGGCUGGAAGCAUGAUUGGUGCCUUCUUCUCCAUGCUGAAGAAGUCGGCAAACUUGUCCGUCCCUCUUCCUAACGGUAUGUGGGGAUGGCUCGCUGUCUUCUUCACAGUCUCCCAGUCUAUUGGCUUUGCUUCCAAUUCCUACACAAUCUGGGAAGACGAAAUCCUCCAUUUCUUCCUCACAACCUUUGGUGUCUGCGCUGGUAUCUCGUCCAUGCGCCAGAAGCAAACCACAGACCGUGUCCUGGGCGUGUACCAUUCGGUCCUGUUCGUGAUCCUGGGCCGGGUGGCAUCCUUCUCUCGCCUGUGCCGUGAGGAGCAAAUGCCCUUUUGCCGCUCCACCUACUACGCCUCAUCCACCUCAUCCAUCUCCGCCCCCUGGCAGUUGGCAAUCCCAUUUUUGGUCACUCUCUUCCUCCCCAGUGUCGUGCGGUCUUUCUACGUAGGCUCCAAGUCCUACGAAGGCGCCGCCACACUCUGGAUUGGCUUCGCUUUCCGCCUCGGUCUCUUCAUAACUUCACUCUUCUGGAUGCUUGAAGGCGCCGAUGACGGCGAAUGGCUACCCCUUCGCAAAGAAACCCUCAAAUCCGUCCGGACAUUCCUCGCCCAACUAGUCCUCGCCCUCGCCUUUGGUGCCGGCACCGGAGCAUACUUCUACUCCAAGCCUUGCGUCAGCGUCAGCGUCAGCACAGCCCAAGAAGACCCGAACGCACCGCCCGCGCCAAUAAUCGCCGGGCAACAACAACAACCCCGAAAAACAGUCACAAUCCUCGGCUUCGGCAACCUCUACGGCACUCGCUUCUUCUUCCUAGUCAUCAACUUCGCUCUUGCCAUCAUUCUCAUGCAAAAACCGAUGGGCCAAGGCGCCAUCGCACUCCUCCUCUGGCAAAUACUCUCCCUUCUCGAAAUACUCGACACGAACGCCCUCACACUAUCAAACUCCUCCAUCGGCCCUGUGGUUCUCGGCCUUCUGGGCUCCUUCUACUUCUUCAAAACAGGCCACCAGGCCGUUCUCAGCACCAUCCAGUGGGAAACCGCCUUCAUCCCUCUUUCGACUAUCAAAUACCCCUGGUCCCCUCUCCUGGUGGUCCUGAACACCUUCGGCGCUCAAAUCCUAGCUGCCCUCGCCGUCCCGCUUACCGUCCUUUGGAAACGUCCUCUGCAGACCCAUGACCGCACCACGCCUGGAUCUAACAAGCUAGCUAACCCCUCGACAAAACUCCUGUCGGAUGUGAUUCAGGCGGUUUGUACGCAUAUCCUCUAUUUGGCUACUAUCAACCUCGCUACGACCAUGUGGGCGGGCCAUCUCCGGCGCCAUCUUAUGCUGUACCGGAUCUUCAGUCCGAGAUUCAUGAUGGGGGCGACUCUGCUGGGCGUUAUUGAUGUCGUCCUGAUGGUCUUUGCUGUUGCUGGUGUGCGUUGGAGUACCACCAGCGUUGGAGAGAUAUUUGGCUGGUGA